AUGAAUACAGAAUACACACCCCCACCCCUCCCCCCUCCCUUCGCACACUCAACCCCUCCUCCAACACUCCUCGCCCAAGGCGCCGAAGCCCGAUUAUACAAAGCCACCUUCCUAACCCCAGACACUCCCGCCGCCCUCAAAAUUCGACCUACAAAACCCUAUCGCCACGAACUACUAGACCGCCGCCUUACCCGUCAACGCGUGUUGCACGAGGCAAGAUGUCUAAUGAAACUCGUCCGGGAAGGGGUCAGUGUCCCCGCUGUACUGGCGCUGGAUUGGGAUCCUGCUACGCCCGCGACCGGGGAAAGGUCGGUUGGCGCGUGGUUGCUUAUGGAGUGGAUUGAUGGGUUGGCUGUGAAGCAUAUAUUGGAGAGAUGGGAGAAGUGGAUGAAGAAAUCAAUUGCUACCGGGGACUCUAAUUUUAACAAAGAAGAGGAAGAGAUCAAAGUGAAGGAAUUGAUGAAAAAUAUCGGUCGAACUGUCGGGGGUAUGCACAAGGUUGGCGUCGUGCAUGGCGAUCUUACAACGAGUAAUAUGAUUCUGAGGCCGGUUGAUCCUACACCGACGGGUAUUACGGAAUUGCCUUCGAUGACGGGGGAUAUAGUGUUAAUUGAUUUCGGUCUUGCGAGUAUGAGCUCUCAUGAAGAAGAUCGUGCGGUUGAUCUAUAUGUAUUGGAGCGAGCGUUUGGGAGUACACAUCCGAUGACGGAGGAUUUCUUCUCUGAAAUUCUAGAUGGCUACGCUGAGAGUUUCAAGGGCGCAAAAUUGGUCCUCAAGAAAUUAGAGGACGUGAGGAUGCGUGGCAGAAAGCGAAGUAUGCUUGGUUAG